AUGGAGAAGAGACAGGCCAGGAGUAAAACCGCCAAGAAGGCCCGGGCGAAGCCUUCCCAAGACAAAACGGGCAUAGCCAUGAAAAGAGAGGCGUCGAAGAAGAGCGAGACAGCUGCCACGCUUAAGGCAAAAAUCGCUAAUCUAGAAGCGGAAUAUGCUGCGUUCAGGGCUGAGGUGAUGGAAGACCACACCACGUAUAAAUUCUUUGGUAUAUUCCAGGAUGCACAGGACUGGUGCAUCAACAACAUUGUGGAUUCCACAGCUGAUCUAGAAGGGCUCUCCCCCAACGAGAAGCAAAGCAUCAUCCGGGGUCUCGAAGGCUACUGUGUACAAGAUCUGGACUGGGAUAUGUUAAUUGGGUCCUUUCCUUAUCCGAUCUGUGAACUUGCGCCGUCUUUCCUAGCCGCAGCUCUGAUAGUGAAGGACUGGAUGGAGAGGUUCGUUGACAAUCCAUUCUGGUAUUUCACGGGAGGCUCCGAUCAGAAAGAUGGGCAGAAUGAGAGCCCUGGGUCUGUGGCACAGGCCAUGUUGCAUGUGUACCAGCAGUUUCUGGAAGUAAACCCAAUCUCUGGAAGUUAUUGGAAACGGGAAAGUGUCCGGCUUGCAAGCUCGGUUCACAAAUCGCAGGCCUCCAGCACGAUCCUAGGUCCCCGGGCUUAUCAGAAUGCUGAGGAUUUUACGUUCCGUCUGCACGCAUCCGACGGGUAUUUCAAGUAUAGAGAGCUCUGUCGGAGUGCCCGCCUAUUUUUUGAUCGCCAAACACCAUGGAUAAAAGCCCAUGACCUGCACAGCCUUGAAGGCUUUGACGGCGAUGAAGACUCAAGGUUGGAUGGGCAUCGGGUCCUGCUUGUGGUAAGCCCCGCUGGGGUGCGCUUCAGAGAGGCUCCUCAAUAUGAAGAGGGCCGCAUUCUGCAGCCCGCGCGUGUAGUGGUCGAGCACGGUGAGUGGACAAAGGAGGAUGAUGUGAAAAAUGCCGCGGAGUACCACAGAGUGGCAGAGGUUUGA